UCCAAGAAACCCGGAGAAAGUCUCAGCCUGGCUCCACACACUGAGCUCAAUGAGCGCCGAGCUUGUUCGCACACACACCUAGUUUCGCUCGGUCCGUCACUCGAGCCCAGGAAUGCCAUGGCCACUCAGCCCAACCAGGACUACUUCCGCUCGGUCAGCAGCGAGUCCACUACCUACAUGAUGGUGCCGGCGAGCGGCCGCAGAGAGUCUCCGUCCAAGCUGUGGCUCGCCAUGGUGGUGAUUGUGGUGGUGGUGCUGCAGAUCGCCUCCACCACCGGACUCUUCCUCUACCUAAACAUGUCCCUGUCCCAGGUGAAGAACCAAGGAGUAACAGAAGAGCUGCGAUGCCUGGGAUUGCUCAACGCCCUGGAUAAAAACCGGGAUAUUCCAGAGGACCUGGCCCAGCUCUUAGGAGAAUCUUGCAUCAAACUGGCUGAAGGCAUCAAGGCCUACAUCUCUAAGGUAACAGAGAAUAUCAUCUCCAGACAAACAUUACAAGAAGCGAGAACCUUACCACAUAGUUACAACACUACAGGGGCAACGUUUGUGACACAGAGACCUUCAGCCCACCUUACACUCAGCAGCCUACAAGGUGCCACUUCUCAGUAUCCGAGUCCGCAGGCGGACCUGCACCAGUCCUGCCGCCACCCCGUGCGCUCCUGGGCCAAUCAGAGCUUCGGCGCCCACCUGCACAACAUGACACUGGCCAAUGGGCGUCUCCGCGUGCCUCAGGACGGUCGCUACUACCUGUACGCACAGGUCUACUUCCGCUACCCAUCACCCAGCGAGGGCGAGCAGAAGGGCACCAGCCACCAGCUGGUUCAGUGUGUCUACAAGAAAACAUCAUACCUGAGGCCCAUCCAGCUGCUGAAGGGUGUAGGCACCAAGUGCUGGGCACCUGACGCUGAAUACGCCCUGCACUCCGUCUACCAGGGAGGUCUGUUUGAGCUGCGUGCUGGCGACGAGGUGUUUGUGUCCGUCUCCUCCCCCUCAAUGGUACACGCCGAGGACUCCUCCAGCUACUUCGGAGCUUUCCGGCUGGACCUCUGAGGGCAGAUCAGAGAGACUGCGCCAAGGUUACAUUACCCAAGAGGCACUGGGAGGCUUUCGUUGUCUCUGUGUGGUCCCAGAAGACAGCUCAGACAUUGCAUUGUUUUAUUUUCUUUUAACAGAUUGAGAUUUUUUUUUUUAUAUCAUAUGUGAAGGAAGUGGUUCAGACAAUUGGACCCCCCCUUGUUUUUUUAAGGCGGAAGAAUGUAUGUAUAUUUUUAAAAGCACAUCAAAGAUGUGGAUCUUGGAAAUGGUAGCAAAAAGGACAGUAGGAUUGUCAGAACUUUGCGAGGCUUUAUCUGUGCCAAUCAUGUGCAUGUCUGACGUAUGAGGAAAAACUGUGCUUUCACCUCAGGCCACUGGGCAUCGGAUAUAAUGCAUUUUUUCAAAUGUACUGAGAUACAAGAAGAGGAACACGUGCCAGGGGAAAGAGAGGCGUAUGCUGUGCAGAUGCAGGAAUUCUCUGUGGCCCGUCCAACCAGUGGAGCAGCAUACAAUCCCAGAUAGAGACCUAAAAACAGAUACCACCACCUGGACUCUCUCUUUCUCUCUCAGACACACACGCAGAUACAAACACAGACAAUACAGAAUGCACUUACUUAACCCAGUAAGCAAGAGACGUUGGCGCAUGAGAUUUGUUGAUCCUUUCAUUAAGUAGUCAGACUCAAUAAAUCAAAGGCAGAGACAUGUUUAUUUUCGAAUACACAUAAAUCAUAUACUCCCGCUUAAGUCCUGCUUUCUAAAAGCACACACGCCUCACUCACCCAAACACAAACACGCCCUCAAUCAACAAGAACGCAGUCCACUCGGCUUGGACAUCUGUGAUUUAAAAAAAAUGACUGUAUGAAAGGUUAAACACACAGGGUGCCAUACAGUUUAAAUGUCACACCCGUGGCCUUUUAAUGCUUUGUUUUCUCCAAAACAACAAUCACAUGAUCGCAAACAUUUUCAGUAUGUACAGUAAGUAACCCUUUGUCUCUUUCUCUCUCUCUUUCUCUUCUCAGUUGUGUGUGUGUGUGUGUGUGUGUGUGUGUGUGUGUGUGUGUGUGUGUGUGUGUGUGUGUGUGUGUGUGUGUGUGUAUAUAUAUAUAUAUAUAUAUAUA